AUGGAUGAAGCUGCGCGGCUGGAGCUGAGAAGCCUCAUCUCAUCGACUGCAUCGCGGGAAUCUGGAAAGACUCCGGUCCUUCAUUCCUCUGGUGUUGGAAAGCCACUUCGACAAUCUUCGCCGUCCUGGAGCAGGAGAGUGGGCUUAGCUGUGCUACUUCUUCUCAUCCCUAUCGCAUAUCCAGUCAUCCUUGCCAUGAUGGCUCACUUGCACGGGAAGAAACAGAGCUCAUUUGGCGACGGGGUACUAGAAGUUCUAAGCGUUGCUUCCACCUUGUGGCCAAUUCUUUUCGCUGCUGUUCUGGGACCAUUACUAAAAUCCAUCGCGCUCUUCCGUGCUGAAAGAGGAUCGAAGUUAGGUUCCCUAGAGUUCCUCUUAACCAGUCAGACUACGGCUUCUGCCCUGAAGAACAUCCUCACGAUGGGAUGGAUUGGUAGUUGGGCCAUUGGUAUCAUUACGAUGUGGUCCUUGAGCCCUUUAGGAGGUCAAGCCGCCCUCCGCUCAUUGGGUCUCCAGCCAAAUCCUAUUUCCACAAAGACGCCAGCGACGUACUACCUUGGGAAUAACAGAAGUCAAGUCUUCCAGUACUACCGCGCUGGGGCGAGUGUAUUCUUCGGAGCAUCAGCUGGAGCAUCCCUUAUUUCAGAUAUGAGGACUAUUCUUUCUACCUCGUUUUCGACUCAGGAUAUCCUGGUUUCCCACGCCAAUACGAGUAGCCCACACUACAAUGAGACAAUCACUGACCUUGGGGGUAAGUGGGAAGCAUCUCGCAGUGGACGUAGAGAUCUAUGGAGAAACGUGCGAAUCCCUUUUCUGGAACUCCUACCAGGAUACGAGAGUGACGACCCUCAUGCUUGGGUAUCUGUUCCUCAAGAUGAAAUCGUUCCUUAUGCUUCACUGAUUGGACAUCCAAUCAGAGGUGGCUCAUUUGAAAGACUAGGAAACUCAAGUAUGAUAGUUCACUUCAAUUAUCAGACACUUUCCUGCGGAAAUGCCUUCAAUGGAAGCGAAUGGGCCAGAAACGGUUCAACGUCGCUAUGGUAUCACAACACCAGGUCAAGCGUUCCUUUAAGGUACCAAUACAUGGGUCAAGCGGCACCUAACAUGGGAUACCCAAACAUCUGGUUCGACUUCCCAAACACUUCCACGCUCGCGGAGCAUUUCUCAGCAACAUUCGACAUGGAACCACAGUCAAAGUUGCAGCUUGUGAUGGGAGGCGGAUGCACUGACGCUGCAUACCAUACUACGGAAAUGCUCAGAAUUUGCGACAUCAGCACCUCGUAUAUCGACAUGCAAAUCGGCUGUAUUAGAGCUACGGUCGAUGCUGACCUCGUAUGUCAGGCCAAACAGGCUAGGCACACUCCAUCAUACCCGGUCAAGGGAAACUUGACAGCACUCUCAAGCUGGAGGUUAGGGCCAGGAAUUCUGCGAGAACUGCCAUUUACAGGCGCAAGCCAUCAUGCAUCGGAGCCCAGCACCCUUGAGAUAUAUCUGAGGGACCCCCUUGGAGUCUUCCAGCGAAUUCGCGGAGGCUACAUGGAUGACCCAGAGACCACGAACAAACUAGGCUGCUUCACUUCUCUCCCCCCGGAGAUCAUUGAAAGAAGACUUGCAACUGUCCUCAAUACCAUCACGAUGUCGACCUAUGAAGUGAAUGUGUUGACUGGGGGAAAGGGGUUAUCACUCGAUGGCGGGCCAGUGCUCUGGCAGAAUACCACAGCGACAUGGACAGAAUUUGACAGGGACAUAUACAAGCUGAAUAAGCCAUGGUUCAUAACGACAGUACUAUCAACCGUAGUACUGAUGAUUUGCGCCGUUGCCAAUAUCGUUGUUCGUCAGCGUAUAAGAGCCCCGGAUUUCCUGGAUAGUGUUGCCGGGCUGACGAGAGAUUCUCAAUUCGUAGAUGUCUCUCAAGAAGGAAGUGGAGAAAGUGGUUCUAACAGACUUGAAAUGAUCAAAGAUGUCAAGGUUCGGAUUUGUGAUGUUUAUCCAGAGCGAGAGAUUGGGAAGAUUGCGUUGACGACGGAGCUGAACGGCCCGAAGCUGAGAUGGGACCGGAGGUAUGCUUAG